GCUUAUUUGGUCCCUUCCCCUCUCUCUCUCUCUCUCUGGGCUGCUACUCAUUGAGAGAGAUAGUAAUACUCCAUUACUAAUUCUCACAAUUAAAUUAUAGCAAUGGGAAGAUCUCCUUGCUGCUCCAAGGUUGGCCUCCGAAGAGGCCCUUGGUCCACUAAAGAAGACUCUCUUCUCGCCAAUUUUAUUCAGCAAAACGGCGAAGGCCAAUGGAGAUCUCUCCCCAAGAAAGCUGGAUUAUUGAGAUGCGGAAAGAGUUGUAGGCUAAGGUGGAUGAACUACCUGCGGCCGGGGAUAAAGCGGGGCAACAUAAGCGAGGACGAGGAGGAUUUGAUCGUACGCCUGCACGGUCUCCUCGGCAACCGAUGGUCCUUAAUAGCCGGUAGAUUGCCGGGUCGAACCGACAAUGAGAUCAAAAACUACUGGAACACGCACCUUCUGAAGAAGCUCAACGCCGCCGCCGCCCCCCACAAGGACCUCCCCAACCUCGCUCCCAACCCCAAGAGAAGUAAGAAGACCAAGCAGAGCAAUGCCACCCCUCCUCCGCCGCCGCCCGCCAAGGAAGCUGAGGCUGCUUCUGCGCCUAUGAUAAAAGUGUGUGUGCCGAAGGCGAUAAGGGUGUCGCCGUCGUUCUCGCGGAGCAGCAGCUACGACAGCUUGGCCAGCGGCGCCUCCAACAGCGACAGCGGCAGCGGCAGCGGCAGCGCGCCGGAGAAGGCGGCUGAGAAGUUAGCAUUCAUGCCGGUGGCGUGGCCGUCGAUAUUCGAGCUGGAUGAGGGGGACUACGGGGUGUGCGGCGCCGACGACUAUUUCCUCAACGGAGGCUAUAUUCUGCCGGUGCUUAACCACUCCGAUUCAAUAUCUAGCGAUGUGAACAUGUUGGAAAAAGUCUACGAUGAAUAUCUCCAGCUUCUGUAGAACUUCUAUUUUAAAAACCAAACAAAAAAUGAUAAAUAAAUAAAAAACAAUAUUGUUGUUCGAAA